AUGUGGCUGAAGCAGGAGGAUGACAAAAACUCUGUGGACAUCCACGACAACCCUCCGGCUCCCGACAACGUGGUGAGGGAGGAAGGAGACACGGUCUAUUUCAUCUAUGAGGAGGAGGUGGAGGUGGAGGAGAAGGAACCAGAACCUCCUUCAGAGCCGAUUGUCCGGAUCAACGACAAACCCCACAAGUUCAAGGACCACUACUGCAAGAAACCCAAGUUCUGUGACGUCUGCGCUCGCAUGAUAGUCUUGAACAACAAAUUUGCUCUGAGGUGUAAAAACUGUAAGACCAACAUCCACCACUCCUGUCAGUCCUACGUCGAGUUCCAGAGGUGCUUCGGCAAAAUACCGCCGGGCUUCAGACGGGCCUACAGCUCUCCACUGUACGGCAGCGACCAACCAGACCCAAACAAUCCGAACAGGAACGACCGUUUUGACACCCUGAGGGUCGGUGUCAUCAUGGCAAAUAAGGAACGCAAAAAGAACGAAGGCGACAAGAAGAACAUGUUGAUGAUGAUGGAGGAGGAGGAAGAAGAGAACCAACAGCCCAAAGAGAACGAGGAGGGAGGAGAAGGGAAGCCUGAUGAUAAAAAGGAGAAGGGAGGAGACAAAGCUGAUGACAAGAGUAAGGGAACAUUCUCCCAGUCCCACUACUACCUCGCUCUCUACCGCUUCAAGGCCAUCGAGAAAGACGACCUGGACUUCCACCCUGGUGAUCGGAUCACGGUGCUGGACGACUCCAAUGAGGAGUGGUGGAGGGGAAAGAUGGGCGAGAAGUCGGGCUACUUCCCCACCAACUACCUCAUAAAAGUGCGAGCCUCAGAGAGAGUCUUCAAAGUGACCCGCUCUUUCGUUGGCAACAGAGAGAUGGGACAGAUUACACUCAAAAAAGAUCAGAUUGUGGUGAAGAAAGGAGAUGAGAAAGGAGGCUACCUGAAGGUCAGCACUGGACGCAAGCUGGGCUACUUCCCCGCUGAUCUGCUGCAGGAGAUCACUGUGACAUAAACACAACGCCAUGCAAGGAAAGAAGAAACAACACAAACUGGACACGUCACU